AUGAUUCGGAAAAUUGAUGAGAAUGGCGUGAUCACAACAAUAAUAGGUUCCAACGGCCUCACAUCAACCCAGCCACUGAGCUGUGACUCUGGAAUGGACAUCACUCAGGUGCGGUUAGAGUGGCCAACAGACCUGACAGUGAACCCGCUGGACAACUCGCUGUACGUCCUGGACAACAACAUUGUCCUGCAGAUCUCUGAGAGCAGACGUGUGCGCAUCAUCGCAGGACGCCCCAUUCACUGCCAGGUGCCCGGCAUUGACCACUUCAUCGUCAGCAAGGUGGCCAUUCACUCCACCCUGGAGUCAGCCCGAGCCAUCGCUGUGUCCCACAGCGGGAUACUCUACAUUGCUGAGACUGAUGAAAGAAAGAUCAACCGCAUACAACAGGUCACAACCAACGGUGAGAUCUCCAUCAUCGCCGGAGCCCCGUCAGAUUGUGACUGCAAGAUUGAUCCUAAUUGUGACUGUUUCUCAGGUGACGGUGGGUAUGCCAAAGAUGCAAAGCUGAAAGCACCUUCCUCCCUAGCAGUCUCUCCUGAUGACACGCUGUACGUAGCAGACCUCGGCAACGUUCGCAUCCGCGCCAUCAGCCGAAACAAGGCUCACCUCAGUGACACGAAUAUGUACGAGAUUGCGUCACCGGCAGACCAGGAACUGUAUCAGUUCACCAUCAAUGGCACCCACCUGCACACCCUGAACCUCAUCACGAGGGACUAUAUUUACAACUUCACCUACAGCGGAGAAGGGGAUGUUGUCACGAUUACCAGCAGCAAUGGGAAUUCGGUGCACAUCCGCAGAGACACGAGCGGCUUGCCCCUGUGGGUCGUGGUGCCGGGCGGCCAGGUGUACUGGCUGACAAUAAGCAGCAAUGGUGUUCUGAAAAGGGUUUAUGCCCAAGGCUACAACCUGGCUCUGAUGACAUAUCCUGGAAACACAGGACUUCUAGCAACCAAAAGUGAUGAAAAUGGAUGGACAACUGUGUAUGAGUACGACUCUGAUGGCCACCUGACCAAUGCCACAUUCCCAACUGGGGAAGUCAGCAGUUUCCACAGUGAUGUUGAAAAACUGACAAGAGUGGAACUUGAUACUUCAAACCGGGAGAACGUGGUCACAGCUACAAACUUCUCAGCUACUUCUACAAUAUAUACUUUAAAACAAGAUAACACACAGAAUAUCUACCGGGUCAGCCCAGAUGGGUCUCUGAGAGUCACCUUUGCCAGUGGAAUGGAAAUCACGCUUAACACAGAGCCUCAUAUUCUGGCAGGAGUAGUCAGUCCCACUUUAGGGAAGUGCAAUAUCUCCCUUCCUGGAGAGCAUAACUCAAAUCUCAUUGAAUGGAGGCAAAGGAGGGAGCAGACCAAAGGCAAUAUCUCCACGUUUGAGAGAAGGCUAAGGGCCCACAAUAGAAAUCUGCUCUCCAUUGAUUUUGAUCAUGUAACCAGAACUGGAAAGAUCUAUGAUGAUCAUCGAAAAUUCACUCUUCGGAUUAUGUAUGACCAGACAGGGCGGCCAGUUCUGUGGUCACCCAUCAGCAAAUACAAUGAGGUUAACAUCACUUAUUCCCACUCUGGAUUAGUGACCUAUAUCCAAAGAGGAACCUGGACUGAGAAAAUGGAGUAUGAUCCAAGCGGAAACAUCAUUUCCAGAACAUGGGCAGAUGGCAAAAUAUGGAGUUACACGUACUUAGAAAAGUCUGUGAUGCUCCUGUUGCACAGCCAGCGCCGCUACAUCUUUGAAUAUGACCAGUCAGACUACCUGCUGUCGGUCACCAUGCCCAGCAUGGUACGCCAUGCCUUGCAGACCAUGCUCUCUGUUGGGUACUAUCGCAACAUCUACACCCCGCCGGACAGUGGUGCGGCUUUCAUACAGGACGUCACCAGAGAUGGACGGCUUCUGCAAACGCUGUAUCCUGGGACGGGACGCAGAGUCCUCUAUAAGUACUCCAAACAGUCUCGACUUUCUGAGAUUCUUUAUGACACUACUCAAGUCACGUUUACCUACGAGGAAUCCUCUGGCGUUAUUAAAACCAUACACUUAAUGCAUGAUGGCUUCAUCUGCACCAUCAGAUACAGGCAAACAGGUCCACUUAUCGGUCGCCAGAUCUUCAGGUUUAGUGAAGAAGGGCUCGUAAAUGCCAGGUUUGACUACAGUUACAACAAUUUCCGUGUCACAAGUAUGCAGGCCAUGAUAAACGAGACGCCUCUGCCCAUCGAUCUGUACCGUUACGUUGAUGUCUCUGGCAGGACUGAACAAUUUGGGAAAUUCAGUGUCAUUAAUUAUGAUUUAAAUCAAGUUAUAACCACCACUGUGAUGAAACAUACCAAAAUUUUUAGUGCCAAUGGCCAGGUGAUUGAAGUUCAGUAUGAAAUUCUCAAGUCAAUUGCUUACUGGAUGACCAUCCAGUAUGAUAAUAUGGGCCGUAUGGUGAUCUGUGAUAUCCGCGUUGGUGUAGAUGCCAAUAUCACACGGUAUUUUUAUGAGUAUGAUGCUGACGGUCAGCUUCAGACUGUGUCUGUGAAUGAUAAAACCCAGUGGCGCUACAGCUACGACCUUAACGGCAACAUCAACUUGCUGAGCCAUGGAAACAGUGCACGCCUCACUCCUCUGAGAUACGACCUUAGAGAUCGCAUUACCAGACUUGGAGAAAUUCAAUAUAAAAUGGAUGAAGAUGGUUUUCUCAGGCAAAGAGGCAAUGAGAUCUUCGAGUACAACUCUAAUGGUCUGCUGAACAAAGCAUACAACAAAGUGUCUGGCUGGACUGUUCAGUACUGUUAUGAUGGUCUUGGAAGACGAGUUGCAAGCAAAUCAAGCCUGGGACAACACCUGCAGUUCUUUUAUGCUGAUCUCUCCAACCCAAUACGAGUUACUCACUUGUACAAUCAUAGCAGCUCAGAAAUAACAUCUCUGUAUUAUGAUCUUCAAGGUCAUCUCAUUGCAAUGGAAUUAAGCAGUGGAGAAGAAUAUUAUGUUGCUUGUGAUAACACUGGAACACCUCUAGCUGUAUUUAGCAGUCGGGGCCAAGUCAUAAAAGAAAUUUUGUACACCCCAUAUGGAGAGAUCUACCAGGACACUAAUCCAGAUUUCCAGGUUGUCAUUGGUUUCCAUGGAGGGCUCUAUGAUCCUCUCACCAAAUUGGUUCAUCUGGGUCAGCGGGAUUACGAUGUUAUCGCUGGUCGGUGGACGACACCAAACCAUCACAUAUGGAAACACCUGAAUGCUGUCCCACAACCGUUCAAUCUCUACUCAUUUGAAAACAACUACCCAGUUGGCAGGAUCCAAGAUGUUGCUAAGUAUACAACAGACAUUGGAAGUUGGCUAGAGCUAUUUGGUUUUCAGUUGCACAAUGUACUGCCUGGGUUUCCAAAACCAGAGAUCGAAGCUUUGGAGACAACAUAUGAACUUCUGCAGCUUCAAACAAAAACCCAGGAGUGGGAUCCUGGAAAGACUAUCCUUGGUAUUCAGUGUGAGCUACAGAAGCAACUCCGAAACUUUAUAUCCUUGGAUCAACUUCCUAUGACCCCCAGGUAUAGUGAUGGCAAGUGCUACGAGGGAGUGAAGCAACCGAGGUUUGCAGCUAUUCCUUCAGUGUUUGGAAAAGGCAUCAAAUUUGCUAUCAAGGAUGGCAUCGUCACAGCGGACAUUAUUGGUGUGGCCAACGAGGACAGCCGGCGCAUCGCUGCCAUACUCAACAACGCUCACUAUCUGGAGAACCUACACUUCACCAUAGAGGGCCGGGACACGCAUUACUUCAUCAAGCUGGGGUCUCUGGAAGAAGAUUUGGCCCUAAUUGGCAACACUGGAGGACGACGCAUCCUGGAGAACGGUGUGAAUGUCACAGUGUCGCAAAUGACUUCCGUGAUCAAUGGGAGGACUAGACGCUUCGCUGACAUACAGCUGCAGCACGGCGCACUGUGCUUUAACGUUCGCUACGGAACGACCGUGGAAGAGGAAAAGAACCAUGUCCUAGAGGUAGCCAGGCAGAGAGCUGUGGCUCAGGCCUGGACUAAGGAGCAGAGACGGCUGCAGGAAGGGGAAGAGGGGAUUAGGGCAUGGACAGAUGGAGAGAAACAGCAGCUUCUAAACACUGGGCGGGUACAAGGUUACGAUGGAUAUUUUGUUUUGUCAGUGGAGCAGUAUCUCGAACUUUCUGACAGUGCCAAUAAUAUUCACUUUAUGAGACAGAGUGAAAUAGGCAGAAGGUAACAAAGAAAAUCUCUGCCUUUGCGUCACCAAAGACUGCCUGUUUUUAAACGUAAAAUGGUUUAUUGUAUUGGUUUUUCUAGAUCAGAACUCUGUAUAUAUAAAUAUAGAGGAAAAAACAUAUCCAACUGCCUUUAAAUGUGACAGAAGAUGGUAUUUUAAUAUUGUUCGUUUAACUCUUCGAGAGAUUACAGUGAAGAUUUUUAGUUCUUGUGUGGCAGUAUUCAAACCUUUCAGAAGCAGAGCGCGCAGGGCAGGUGUGAGCGCAGCAUGCUCUGUCUUCUUCUAAAGAAACACUACUUUUUCUUUUUUUGUUGGUGGUGGUUUAAUAAUUCACCAGUUAUUUAAGAGGUUACAGAGCCUGAUUCUGCAACCUAUGCUUACUGGGUAGUUUUAUCCCAUUGAGAUCUCCCAUAGGUUGAAGGGAUUGCAUUCAAAAACCAGACUGUGUACGGAAACUUUGUAGUUGCUCACCAACCCUGCACAUGUCAUUUGUCACAACUGUGAUCUAUGGGAUUUUCUAACCCAACUUUUAUUAGAUACAGUACGUAAGUACUUUUAUUGGAUGCAGCGCUUAAAGGCUGCCCCACAUGAGCUUUGUCUUUGCCGGGCCAUAGCUGCCUCUCUCUCACUCGGUGAGGAACGCCACGUUGUGUCUGCAUCUGCGUUCAGGGGCCUCUUCCCCAAGAAUUCCCCUGGCACUGGUUGUGGAGUCCAGGCAGCACACGUGGAGCUGCAGAUCUGGCAGGGGGUGAGGGCUUGCCCUGCACGACUGGGGCUCAGCCAGGUUCCAGGGUCGGCCAGAACAGCACAUGGUGAGCAACGAGUCAGCACGAGCCUCCCACCAACAUCAGCAGGCUCCAGAAUGGGCUUUAGCUCAGUGCUUUUGGGACAACCUUCACUAUUCAGCCAGGAGGGUCCGCGCGGUGCAGCACUGAGCAGCCGCACGGGAUCAGUCCUGCCUGUAGUCCUUGGGCCAGGACCUUCUUUUCACACAUCAUUUGGAAAUUGUGGUGGUGUUGGGUUUAGGCAUCAUGUUAUUUUCAUCUCAAAUUGCUAAUCCCACUGUAUUGAUCAUUAUUCCGAGUGUGAAGAAGAUUGGUGGGUUGGGAGUUGAUGAACCUAAGUGUGGGUAGUACAUAUGUUGAUAAAUGUAGAACAUUUCGGGGAUGAUUCUUCACUUUUCAGCUCAAUAUCUAGAGCACAUAGAAAAGCAUUAUAUUGCAUGGGCAGAAACUUUUAUUUCCCAAGGUAUCAUGCGCUGCUGGCACAGUUCUCUCAUAGCAGAGUAGGAGAUCCUUCUUUUCACUUGUCAUUUUAACAGACCUGAUUAUCAUGGGCAGGGGGAGGGUGCCUGGGAGAGAGGCUGGGUAAGCACAUUUCCUUUGCCGACUUUCCAAAAGAGCUAGAAGUCUUGUUAUAGAACCUGUGUAUCUGUAACAGUGAUGUUAUUGCACAUUUCUUUCAAAACAGACAUAAGGAAUAUAUUGAAGCAAUUUCUGCUCACAUUUCCCGAAGCCAACAAAGUGCUUUCUUUGUCUUUCUUCCCUUUCAAAUUUUCAUUUUUUUCACCUUGUUUUUGGGCAGGUGGAGCAGAUUGUACCAAAGUUAGGGAUGAGCCUGAACUGGAACCUGAGACCUGGACCCUCUGGGUCUCAGCCUUGCACAGACUCCCUCUACUCCUUCUGCUGCCAGAGCAGCUCUAGGGGUGCAGAGUCCGGCUCAGAGGUUCGGGGUCAGGCUGAGCAGAUCCUGGCCCAUUGACCACCCUCCAUCCCAGCCAGGGGGACCCGUGGACCAAAACACAUUUUGCUCAGGCUCAUCAUUAACUGUUGUACAGGAUUUGGAGCUGCCAACAGCAGUUCCGUUUGACACAAUUUUCCAUAAAAUCAUGGAGAAUUUGAAUACCUCCACACCAGCCUAAAAAUGGACCUUUGAAUCCUUGAGCCUCUAAUAUGCUUUUAAUCAAUGGAAAAAUAAUUUAUGAAUUGUAUAUAGAGAGUGCAUUCAUAAACGUGAUGAUGUAUUUUAUCACUGAUCCAAGAUGUCAAAUAUUAGAGUCUAUUUUACUUAUAUUUUAAGCAAUUAUACUUUUUUGCAAUUCAAUAAUGACGUAUCAUUUUCAAACUGCUUUAAAUAUCCAUUAUAAACAAAUUUUUGAAGCUAUUAGACUUACCUUGAACUGUGCAUUUCUAGUAUGUAAUACCUAUUUAGUUAGCUUGUGCCUUUAGUUUCUUAAAGUUAUAUUUGUAUUAUAUGCAGGAAAUGCACUUUGUAUUACCUACAGCUGUGUUUUUUAAUACUGCCUUGAUUACUGUUGUUCUCAGAUUAUGCCAAAAGGUCAAAGAGUGGGAAGUGUUACAAGUUUGUCUCUAAGACUAGGUUUGGCAUUUUCCCAGUUCCUGGGUGGACAGUCUAAGGUAUCUUUCUGAAUAGUAUUUCUUACAAGAAUCUGGAUGAAUGAAGAAUCUGGUGGUAUUACUCGGCCCUGUUAGAACAGGAAAAAAUGCCUUUAUCAAAGCAGUUUCAGAAAUUCAGGAAACUAAAAAGAAGAGUCAUGUUGAGUUGGCAGUGCUAAAGAGCAUUCAUUAAUGAAUGAGCACUGGGGGCUGAAGUCGUAGCACCACAUGGGCCAGCAGUGAUUUGUGAGAACUGCAGCUACAGCAAACAGCUGUGGGCCACUGUGUCCAUGAACAACCUCAGAUGGAGGCAGGGAACAGUUCAGUCUCCAUUUUCUUCUUCUAGUAGCUAGAAUAAUUUCUGAGCACUGGGUUUUGUUUUGGUUUCUUUUUGCAGUUUUCCUUUUUUUCUUGCUUUUUUAAUUUUGCACUAUCACCUAGAGACCCAAAUGAGUAAAAGUAAAGAAAGGAAAAAUAAGUGCAUGGAAAUGUGUAUCGUUCUUUAAAUCAGAUUAUUUGAUGCUAGCGUUCUGCACUGCAAACAAGGUUCUGCAAAAGGAAAAAAUAAAUAAAACUAUAAAAUAACAAAAUAAAACAAAAGAUAAGACCCACUAUUGCACACUAUCCUGUAGCCAAGUACCUACCAUGAGAGAUACGUGCUGUAUAUUUUUUAUGACAGCCAAACCAAUAGUGUGUACGAGUAACGUUUCCUUUGCGUUCCUAUUUAUUUAGCCAGCCUACAACAUUUCAAAGGUAUAAAUAUAUAUAUAGCUCUAUAUGUAGAACAUAGCCAAAUACCUAUAUAUGAACUGGUCGAUGUGCAACUCGGUACUCAUGUGCCGGCUGUUCAGGCCGAGCUCCGCAGUGCCCUCCCAGCUGCACCCACCAGGCACAGCCUCUCCUUGCCGCAGCGGGUGCUGCUCCGGGCGCUCACUGCUGGCGUCCUCAGGGCUGUCCGUCCGUCUGUCCAGGCGCUGCUCGGUGCUGUGGGAAGGCACAGAGCUCGGGGUGAAAGAGGCGGCAGAGGGGCUGCACUUGGAGCUGAACGAAGGCGGAAGGGCAGGGUCCUGCCGAGGUGCUGGUUGCUGCGGGGAGCACAGCCGACACCGCCGGCCGCGAGGGUUUCCCGACAAACACUGACUGUUAUUUAAGCUGUCCUUGACACAAACCAUCACCAGGUCACAAGCGUCCCGGCUGUGAGGAGAACCACGGCUCAGCAGGAACGGGGCGGUGGCAUCGGGCACGCGCCCAUACGUUGGCCACCAGCCAUUCCUUGUCUAAGGAAACGCGUUCGGCAGUUCCCAGUUUUUCCUUAGAUCUCGUGGUGGACUUUAGCCUUUUAAUAAAUGUUAGUAUAUCAGAUUGUGUCCUUGACAGUAUUUUACUUGUAUGAACCAUGAUAACACAUUAAGUCUUCAUACUCUUCAGGCAGAAGUGUCGAUAAAAGAGAAGAGAAGCAUAGCAUACAAUAUAUGUCAAAGUAACGUUCCUUUUUCGCUUUCUCAUGAACAGUAAAAUGUUUACAAUGUAUGCCAAGAUCUUCGGUUUCUGUCCGACACCAGUUAGAGGUUCUGAUCUUACAGAAAUUGUGUUAUAACGGCCUCAGCCUUGUUGCUAGGAAACAAUAGAUCCCAAUUUUUUAUUCCUGCUCUAACUCCUGUGCUGAAUAGUGACUGGAUACUGUACACGUUAUGUUACAUGGCUGCAGUUACAUGGUCUGAUGCAUUUUGCUCUGGGUUUCAGACCAGAAGCAUGCAUUUUCUACAAGAACAUCCCAGCAACACGCUGUAAAUAUUAAAAGUUAAUAUAUUAUGUGUCGAUAUUUGAAAAAGAAAGUACUUUGACUAUUUCAUUUUUAAAAAAUAAAGGUGCAAACUGACAGCAUGUGAGGUUGUCUUAUUUUAAACCACGCCUUGGGGAUUUUACUGAUUGUGUCAUAAGAAGUGCUUCCGUACAUCAAAGUGAGGUCCUCAAACAGUACUUCUCAGUGUGAAUGUCGCAGUGGGUUUGCUGGCAGUGUUGAAGUAUACUUCUGAUUCAGGGUUCAUGUGUACAACUCUUGUGGCACUACAUGCUGGUCCACAGCUUGUUUCUGUGCACAGAUUCUUACACUUAUCAGAGCAAGUGUGAGAGUGAAAAGGCGUGCUGCUCUGUGCCUUUGCACUUUGAGUGGGUGAAGGCAGUGGUGCUAAGGGAUGAGCAGCAUGGAUGAAGCAUCUGUACGUUCAGUAGAUCUGAUUUCCCAGCCUGCUUCAAACAGGUGCUGAUGAACGACUGUGUGAGUCUGUGCAAGAAAAGAAUUUAAAAAAACAGCACAUGCAGCAGAGAGGAGGAGAGAGUGAAGCGGAGGAGCAGAAGGAGCAUUUAAAGCUGAAGGAAGGGGUACGUGGUAGAAAGCUGAUGGGAGCAGCUUGGGCUGCGUGCUUACCCAGCACGAGGACUGUGUUGGGUGGAUGAGGAGGCAGGGAGGCCAAAAGGAUGCUGUAGUAAGAAAGGAAUUUUUAAAUGGCCUGGGAUAUCGAUCUAUUGCUGCAGAAGGCCUGUCACAGCCACAGCCAGGGAGCAGGGGAGGGACUGGCUGAGGUAAAGGCAGCACUGUUUGGGACCAGCAGCAGCAUCGCCUGUGCUGGGUAGGAGAGUGCAUGGGAGGGCCAGGACACAGGGUCCUCUGGUGGAUCCACCAAGGCAGCAGCAGAGCCAGGGCUCAAAUGGCAAGUGGGAGGAGAAGGAGCUCCAGGGCUGGUGGGGACAGGGCUGUCAGUUCUGCUGAGCCCAGAGGGGCUGGAGAAAGGAACAAAAGGACACAGAUGUUUUUUGAUGAAGCCCUGCCCACGCUGCUUCUCUAAAAGGACCUGUAGCUCUUCAUAUCAAAGUAAAUGCAUGAAAUCUGUGUAGUUGCCAUGUUAAUGUUCCUAUAAUGAAAUACCAGCUUCUUUUGUCAUUGAUAGCAUGAGCUUCUCUGACUGUCUGCAGCUUGUUUAAUCACAGCAUCAUAAAAGCACAGAAUCACAGGCUGGCUUGGGUUGGAAAAGACCUUAAAGAUAAUCCAGUUCCAUCCCAUGCUGUGGGCAGGGACACAUCCCUCCAAAUCAGGCUGAUAUCCAAUCUGGCCUUGGGUACCUCCAGGAAUGGGGCAUCCACAGCUCUCUGGGCAGUUAUGUCAGGGACUCAUCACUCCUUGGCUGGCAAAUUUCCUCCUUACUUCUGAUCUAAAUCUCCCAUCAUCUAGUUUAAAACCAUUCCCCUUUUUGUGAUCACCAUCACAUAAAAAGUCAUUCUCCUUCCUGUUUACAAGCUCCCUUUAAGCACUGGAAGGCUGCAAUGAAGUCUCCACUGAGCCUUCUCCGGACUGAACAACCCCAGCUUCCUCUACCUGUCUUCAAACAAGAGGUGCUCUAGAGUAUAGGAAUUCCAGAUUUGAGGAAACCCAAAAGAAACAACACAAUCAAGACUCUAUCUUAAUAACUUAUAUACAGUGUUCUCAGCUUUAGCUCUAAAAUGCCAACUUCUGGCCUAUUUUAUCUAUUUUUAAAAUUAACAUUGGUCUUCUGGAGUCACCCAUAGUCAAAGCAGUUAUCCUCAACUCACUGCACCACAGGGUUUGCACCAUGCAGCACUCGAAGUCAACAGGACGUUUCUAUAGGGAGCAGCCCUCAUGCACAUUGCUUAGCACCAUGCUUAUCACCAUGGCGCAGUCAUUUACAGGCACCACUUCUCAGCACACCCUGUCUUAGUUCCUCUGUCCUGAGAGAGCCAGCCUAAACCAGGGUUCAGGCACAGCACUCCAGAAGCAAAGGUGCUCUCCCAGUAAGCCCACUCUGCCACGCACCAGGACUGUUUGCACCAGGAAGGAAGGCUUGCAGGAGCAGAAACCUGGAACAGCCACAGAGCAUCCGCCACAGACACGCAGCAAACUGGGAAACCUUUAAGGCACAGACAAGGGGUGAAGGAUUCAGUGAGCACAGCCCCAGAAUCAGCUGGUGCUGAAUGUUGUGUUUGAGCUGGUAACAUUCAGCGCUGCGCCUCUACUGCUGAUGUUUGCUGAAUUAUCUAACAAUAUUAAAAAACAAAAAAAACAGCUUUUAAAUAUUUUAUUAAGGAGUAAAUCAUGCUGAAUCUGUCACUGUAUGGCAGUGUAUGAAAACAAGACCCUUGCUUCAACCAAUCAGCAUAAGUAGCAGGGAGACAUGGAGCAAAACGUACACAGAGAGUAAAAUACAAUGCAAAGGGGAGGGGUGGGGAGGCAGGACAUUUCACUACAUAUGAAAUGUGGCCUUAAUUUAGACAGACAUUGAGUAAUGAACAGCAAUCGUCACAAAUUUGCAACUGCAUUGUCCACCGCUUCCUGUUAUCACACAGCUGUUUAUUUAUUGCAUUUACUCCCAUUGAGGGUUUACAAGGAGCAUUUUCUGCUUCAUGUUGAAUGUUUUAUUGCUGCACUUUCUCUCUCUCUCUCAUUCUCUUUCAUACACACCCGGCCACUUAUAGGAACAAAAUAAAAUAAAAGAUAAAACUUGCAGCCUUAUCAAAUCCAAACUAAAAUGCUGCUUCAAGGUGCUGAACCUUGCCGAGUGCCUGUUCUUGCCGCCCAUUUAACUCUUCACUGUUUCCUUUUCAGUGAAGUGACAGCAAGCCAGAAUCUGGGACAAGACAACUAAAUGGAUUAAGAAAUUCUGUCUGCCUGCUUGAUAGAAGGAUUGGGUGAUGCCCCCCCAGUGUAGCCUGAUGCUACAAAGACGGCUGCAGCCCUGCCUCUUCCCAUUCCCCUAGUUCACAGCUUGGCCCAUUCUGGUGGGAUUUGAUCUGUCCUGCUCUCCUAAGCCUGCAGCCUGGUGGUUUUGGAAAAGCUCACUACAUCUUCUCAGAAAUUUCCAGCUUCCCAAGCUGUGCAGAAGAAAUUGGAAGUACAGGCAUGAAACAUUCAAGCAUUAGAUAUUUAAGCAACAUGACCUCCUCCAUGGAAGGAGACUCCACCAUCUCUCUGGGCAACCAGUUCCAGUGUUCUGUCACCAUUACUUCCACGUGUUUCUUCCUACAUUCAAGUUCUAGGCCAUUACUCCUUGUCCUGUUGCCACACAUCAUCAAGAAGAGCCUGUCUUCAUCCAUUUGCCUCCCACCUCCCUUUACAUAUUUAUAAACAUUAAUAAGAUCCCCCUUCAGUUGUCUUUUCCCCAGGCUGAACAGCCCCAGAUCUCUCAACUUUUCCUCAUACGAGAGAUGCUUCAGGCCCUUCAUUAUCUUUCAGGCCCUCUUCUGGACUCCUUCUAGGUAGAUCCCUGUCUUUUUUGAACCAAGGAGAACUGGACACAGCAUUCCAGAUGUGACCUCACCAGGGCAGAGCAGAGGGGGAGGAUCACCUCCCUCGCCCUGCUGGCCAUGCUCUCUGUAAUGCACUCUAGGGUCCCGUUGGCCUUCUUGGCUGCCAGAGCACACUGCUGACUCAUGGCCACCCUGUUGUCCACCAGGACACCAUGUCCUUCUUUGCAGAUUUAUAGACAUUGUUUGUUUUGGGGGGUUAUUUUUUCCACCCAUUUGCACUCAACAUUAGCUGUGUGCUUUGAAGGGAGUGCUUUUGUGAUAGGCCCAUUUCUGCUGGUGAAACAGUAACAGAACACAAACCAAGAGGGCUGCAGCACAUCCAGUCUGUUGGGAAGUGUUCCCCACUGCUGGCCAGCCCAGGCAGCUCACCAAGUCAAGCAGCCAAGUGCUCCAGCACCCCAGUGCUAACCCUGCAAGCCAACAAGUCCUCCAGGUGUAAGUCUCUCCUACAGGAGCCCAGCAGCAACUUACUAAAACACAUGACAGUGAAAUGAAAGUAAACAGUGUGUAAAUACAUAUACAUAUAUAUAUUUCUUUUUAAUUACAUGUGGUGGGGAUUUUUUCAAGUAGAGAAAAUAAAAGGUAUGAGGUUCUCCACUGGCAAUUGUUCUCAUUUACUCAGAACAUUACUUGAGCUUUCAAUUCUUUGUGCAAAUUAGAAAUUUUGUACGUGGAGGCACUGAGUGUUUCGGUUGGAUUGCAGAGAGCCUGAUAUGAUGGGAAAUCAGCUAGUGGGGAUUCUCCCGAGGCCAUGUCUGGAAUACCUUUUGGAACUGUAUGACAGUCACACAGACACCAAGUCUGUGUUCAAGGAAAGGAUACUCGAUAUAAACAAUUUUCGUAAGCCUACAAAAGGGGUCUUGUCCAUAAAUGCCUAACAGAAGAAAGCACAGAAGAGUCGAAAGUCAGUUUAUGUAAAAUAGAGCGACUAGUCUUGAGAAUAGAAAACAUUUUGCACUUAGAACUGCAAAAAAGAAAAAAAGAUAUGACACCAUUUAAUAGUUGAUGCUUUUGUCUUAUCUCUUACAAAAAAAAAAAAAAAAAAAAAAAAAA